GGCCUGCCGGCGAGGCGUCAUGUGACAGGAGGCGACGGCAGCUGCAGCGGCUGUGCCAUGGCGAAGGAGGGCGAUGGGGAGCGAGCUCUGCUGGCGGCGGAGCCGGAGCUCUCGGAGCCCGGGCCUGGGGCCGGGACCGGAGCGCAGUCCGAGGCCGAGUCGGUGUCCGGGGCCGGGGCCUCCCCGCUGUCCGCGCUCUGCGACCCGGCCCACCUGGCGCACCGGAUAGUGGCGCUGGCCUUCAUGUGCUUGCUGGGCUUCGGCAGCUAUUUCUGCUAUGACAAUCCCGCUGCUCUCCAGAUCCAGAUUCAGGAGGAUAUGCAGAUACACACUGUGACCUUCAUGCUUCUGUACUCCUGGUACUCUUGGCCCAAUGUCAUUCUUUGUUUCUUUGGUGGCUUUCUGAUAGAUCGAGUGUUUGGAAUCCGGUGGGGCUCCAUUAUAUUUAGCCUCAUGGUUUGUAUUGGACAGGUCAUUUUUGCCAUGGGUGCCCUGGUCAAUGCUUUUUGGCUGAUGCAGUUGGGGAGAUUUGUAUUUGGGAUUGGUGGGGAGUCCUUAGCAGUUGCACAAAAUACCUAUGCUGUGAGUUGGUUUAAGGGCAAAGAAUUAAACCUGGUAUUUGGACUCCAACUUAGCAUGGCUAGAAUUGGGAGUACAGUAAAUCUGAAUGUUAUGGGAUGGCUGUAUUCCAGGGUUGAAGGCUUGCUUGGUUACUCUGGUCACACGACACUUGGCAUCACACUUAUGAUUGGGGGUGUAACAUGUAUCUUUUCACUCAUCUGUGCGUUGAUUCUUGGCUACUUGGACUGGAGAGCUGAGCGAAUCCUUCAUAAAGAACAGGGAAAGACUGGGGAAGUUAUCAAAUUGACAGACAUGAAGGACUUCUCCUUAUCCCUGUGGCUUAUAUUUGUGAUUUGUGCGUGUUACUAUGUGGCCGUGUUCCCUUUUAUUGGACUUGGCAAGGUCUUCUUUAUGGGGAAAUUUAAAGUAUCCACAGAAGAAGCAAGUGCAAUUAACAGUAUCGUGUACGUCCUCUCCGCUCCUCUGUCUCCCAUCUUUGGGCUGAUGGUGGACAAAGCAGGCCGAAACAUCUUCUGGGUUCUGUGUGCAGUCGUGGCCACCAUGGCUUCCCACGUAAUGCUGGCAUUUACCUUCUGGAAUCCGUGGAUCGCCAUGUGUCUCCUUGGAAUCUCCUAUUCCCUCCUUGCCUGUGCAUUGUGGCCAAUGGUGGCUUUUGUUGUUCCAGAGCAUCAGCUGGGGACGGCGUACGGCUUCAUGCAGUCGAUCCAGAAUCUUGGCCUGGCCAUAAUGUCCAUAGUUGCUGGGGAAGUAUUGGAUCUUUGGGGGUAUUUCUUUUUGGAAGUAUUCUUCAUUGCCUGUGUUUCUGUUUCACUUCUAGCGGUGGUUUUGCUGUACUUGGUGGAUUACACUCGAGGAGGUAGCCUUAAUUGUUCUGCCAGACAGAGGGUGGAGCUGUCAAAGAUGACUGACACCAAUGUCUCCUUGGAAUCUCCUAUUCCCUCCUUGCCUGUGCAUUGUGGCCAAUGGUGGCUUUUGUUGUUCCAGAGCAUCAGCUGGGGACGGCGUACGGCUUCAUGCAGUCGAUCCAGAAUCUUGGCCUGGCCAUAAUGUCCAUAGUUGCUGGGAAG